UAAUCCUUCAUUUAUUUGGCGAAGUAUUUUCCAGACCCAGGAUAUUAUUCGGAAUGGAUUUUAUUGGCGAGUUGGAGAUGGCAAAUCCAUUAAUAUUUGGAAGGAUCUGUGGUUACCUGGACCGUCUAACCCCAUGGUUAUGUCGGCUGAAGUUAGUGGAUUAGAGGAGGCUUCGGUGGCUAACUUAUUUACCGUCACAGGCCGGGAAUGGGAUGAGGACGUUCUGGCGGACCUAUUUAAUGACAGGGAUAUCUCUCUUAUUAGAAGUAUUCCAAUUAGCUUAAGGGAGAUUCCGAACAAACUUUGUUGGAGGUGGGAGAGAUGGUCUUUUUUCUGUCAGUAGCUAUUAUAGAGCGUUGGUAGGUGAUAUUUCUCCGCAGGGCUGGCUAGGCUGGACUGUCAUGUGGGAUUGGCAGCUUCCUCCUAAAAUAAAAAACUUUUUCUGGCAGCUUUUUACAGGUUGCUUGCCAACCAAGGGCAAUCUUCAAUCAAGAAGAGUGGUUUGUCUUGGGGAGUGUGGAUUGUGUGGAAAUGCAGACGAUCCCUUAGCCAUCUUUUCAUCUCCUGUGAAAUUGCUACAGCGGCGUGGAGAGCUUUAGAUUGGAAAAGAGUGGAGUGUGGAGCCAACUUUUUUUAGCAGCUUGAAGGGGAGUUCCGAUAAAAAAGAAAAGAGGUGUUGGAAAAAUUAAUUUGGGGUUGCUGGGCAAUCUGGUGUGAAAGAAACCAGCGUGUUUGGCAGGGGAACUCUCAAUCGGCAGCAAGUUUUAUGCGCAAAGCAGCGACAAUGGUGGGAGGGUGGAUCCAAGCUCAAACUGACUGGAAGUCGAAGCUACUGGGGCGGAAGCAACCCGUGGCUUGCUGGAGUAGACUGAUUUCGGGGCGGCUAAAGUUAAAUGUUGAUGCCGCCGUGCGAGAUUCGGGUUGUGGUCUGGGAUGGUGCUUGAGAGAUGACAGGGGGCUUUUUGUUGCAAGAGCAGCUCGGCCAUGGAUGGGAAUGCUCUCACAUUUGAUGGCGGAAUUGGUCGGCAUAAGUUGGCUGCAGGGCUUCGAGUGGAAGGAGAUCGAUGUGGAGUCCGAUGCUUCUGGUGCAAUUUCAGAAAUCUUGAAGGUUUCAAGCGCCUCUUCUUUAGGGGUGGUGGCAGAUGAUAUAAGAAAUCUUGCAACACAUUUUUCCAGUAUUUCUUUUUUUCAUGUUAAGCGUUCAGCGAAUAAGUCAGCCCACACUCUUGCUUAAGUUGCUUGUUCUUUGUCUGAAUUGCACGCUUGGUUUUCUAAUCCGACGGAUUUUUUAUCUUGUAUUAUCGAUAAUGAUCUUAUUAAUAUGAAUUAAGUUUUUCUCUUGCAAAAA